AUGUCGCUUCUUAAGAUGCCCUUACAACAACUCAAUCCUCAUAUCAUGUGUGUGUUGUGUGGUGGAUAUUUGGUGGACGCCACGACUAUCAUCGAGUGCCUUCAUUCAUGUAAGUGUACGCUUGUAUUUCGCCAAGACGAACUAAAAACGAUGAUCAAGAGCUGUGUCUGUUGGCGCUGUUAAUCCUGUAAAGCAUUCAAUCCAAGCUUGUUGCUACUUGAGUUGAGUGUGUAUCUAGUGCGAUUUAUAACUAUUUAUUGACAUGAUUUUGUCAACGUAAAAUGCGUGCUCUGUAGGAACAUUUGGUUAAAAAGAGAACUCGAACAAAUUUGCUUUUUUAGUUAGCUCUUCGUUAAAACUGAUAACUGGCCCAAAGCAAAGAAUUUUCAGGAAGCAUUUGCAAUCAGAUAUCGAAUCACCUCAACGUAUGGUUGUGAGACUGUGUUGACAGGGCACAGCGCUUUGCCGUUUAGCGAAAAAAAGGAGUUUAUCUCCAUAUUUUGGUAAUUUUUGUAGUAUAUGUAGUCAAGUUGAUUAAAGGAAGCUACUCAACGUUCAGCCUCGAAUAACUGUAUUAUUAUAUAAUCAAGGCUGAUAAUUAUAUUCAAAAAAUAGCAUCAUAAAAUGUUUUGUUUAAUGUCGAUUCCCCUACAGUUUGUCGCAGUUGUAUCGUAAAAUAUCUUCAAACCUCGUUUCACUGCCCUGUUUGUGAUGCCGAAGUCCACAAAACCAAACCUCUUUUACACAUUCGGUGAGUAUAGAAUGACUACUUAUGUAAGUCGAAUUGUUUUUUGUUAAUAUAUGAAAUCAAUCAUGUACGAAAGUAAGUUUGUUAAUGGCGUCACGGUAAAUCCAACCAUCUGAUGUUUUAGAAAAGGUGGCCGUGACAAAGGAAAUAGAAUGUAAGACUGACGUUCUUUGCAGUUAUACUACUUAAAAUAGAAGUACUAGAGUCGUAAGUUGACCCGGCGGUAAAAUUGCAGGCUUCUCCCGAAAUUCCCAGCGACUAUUGUCAACUAACUAUAUUCUAAAUAUAACGAACGCGGAAGUUAACAAAUCCGGAGCCGCUAAAACAUUCCACACUUUAUCAUACAGUGGAUACCUCGAUAUAACGAAGGCUCAAGGGACUGGCAAAAUCUGUUCACUAUAAAGAGGUUUCGUUAUAUAGAGGACUUUGUUAUAUAGAGGUUCGUUAUAUCGAGGUUUCACUGUAGUAAGAAUGUCUUUAUUCACACGAAAGUUCAAGUUGAAGUUACAUAAAAAAAAAGAAAAAAUAAAAUGAACAAACUAAGCUUAGGGUAGCGAGUAAACGAUGACAAUUUUGUUGUUUGCGCUAAGCUGACCAGAAUGAUGAAUCUUAACAAGUUUAUGACAUGUAUUGUCCAUUAUAGCCCUCGGGUGCAGAAAAGUCAAUGCUUGAAGGAGUUAUGCAAAUCACGAUUCUGAGAGAAAGCAAACGAUGAUUAAUUCCUGAUCGUUAUGCGCGGGAGAUAGGACCCAGUGACGAACAGCCGUUGCCAUUUACACGGUUAUCAUAAUUUACCAUUCUUGUAGAUUGUGUAGUGGAGACCUCCAAUACCUUAAGACCCUGAAAUCUCAGUUCAGCUAUGUCGCAAUCUGGUUACGUUUUAGUUAUUCCAUGAUCUUUAAGCAAUUAACAAACUUUCAUCCUUUGGCCAUACGUAGUUAAUCGAUAAAAAUCGAUAUAGGAUAUCAAUCCAUAGUAAUCGAUAACAAUCGAUAAAAAAUCAUCAUCGAUUUCUACCGGAAAAGCAUCGAUAUUUAUCGAAGUCACAACUAUUUUUCGUUGUCGAUUUCUAUCGAUCGAUAUUGGAAAUCGAUAUUCAUCGAUGAUUGACAUCAAUUACUAUGGAUUAAUAUCGAUUAUCGCUUUAUCGAUUAACUACGGCGUUUAGGCGGUAACUGGUAAAACGCCCCGCUUGUCUGUAGCAGCCCUUUUUGCCGCCUUAAGAGCCACGCACUUUUAACGAAGCACAGAUUAUUUAGUUUUCCCUUACCGCAUGAACUGUGGUUGAAAACGCUGCUUUGGGCAGAAAAACGAAAUUCAAAUUGCGAAACUUUCGAUUUUCAUAUCUAUGAUUAAGUUAUAACUUUUCUGUUUUUUCUUCUUUUAAGACCCGACCGCCCUCUUCAAGACAUUGUCAACAAGCUUGUUCCAGGGAUGGUGUUUGGUACGUGUAAAAAACGAUUUAAAGUACCUGGGUAUAUCGUAUUUUGUGUGAUCACCAUCUAGUUUUGCCUUGAAGUUUGAUACGGAAAGGACUGAUUCUUGGCUUUUCCACCGUUUCUAGACUUAAUAAAUUGUUUGAACAACCAUUUUUUUUAGACUGCCCUCAAACUAAAGUGAUUAAAAUUGAUUAAAAAGGACAAACGUUGAUUCAUUUUGUCUUAAAAACGGAUGAAGGUACAAGAGUAAAAUGCCAUCCAUGCCGGCAUUGAAUGGCCACACUUUCAGAUCACUCUUUUGUAUAUUACCACCUUGAUAUUUUUGUAGAGAAAAAAUAAAACAAAGAAAAAACAUUUACAUUUAAUAAAACAAGAUACUAGCUCUAACAGAGUUAAAAGCUAAGAAUCCCUUUGUACUGUACGGUCAAGUGCCAAACGAGAGAAUUUUUUUGACACCGUUCAUUUGAAUAGUCCCACUAACUAGAGGUGUUAAUGAUAGAUGUAUAUGAAAUAAAUCACAUAAAGGUGUUACUUCGUCAACAGACCUGAUGUAGAGCAGGGUAAUAUAUAUAUAACGCAAGUAGAUUGGAGUGAAAAAAAGGCGAGGAGGUUGAUAUCUGUUUUCUUUUUCAGACGAACUCAAUCGCCGUCAGGAAUUCCACGACAAGACAGACAAAGUGAAAGAUGAAGAAAACACAGGUCAAAAAUCUGUCCUAAAGGAAAAUAUACAAUACAGUAUAUAUAUUUUUUAAAACCGAUUUAACAUGCGAGCUUGGCAUUUGGCUUUCUAGAAGGAGUUAUUUGAAAGUAAUUCUUAAAGAACUGGCAUCAUGUGUUACCACAGUGGUGCGUGGUAAAUACCGUUUAAUUCCGAAAAUAAGCCCCGGGGCUUAUAUUUUUCAAAGGCCCCUUUUGAGAGGCUUAGUUUUGGAGGGGCUUAUAUUCGGAGGGGCUUAUCUAUGGAGGGAAAUUUGCGUUUCUAAAUCGAUUGGACUAGCCUUAUAGUUGGAAGUAAAUUGGCCGUUUUUGCUUUAUUUUAGUUUGUAUUUGAGGGCAAUUUCCAAGUACAAGCCCCCGGGGGGCUAAUAUUCGGAGGGGUGAUUUAACGGAGGGGUUUUUGCGUUUAAUACGAGCUUGGGGGGCUUAUAUUUGGAGGGGCUUAUUUUCGGAAUUUUACGGUAUGUUCCAUUUUACUCCAACAUUAAGUAUAACCAUUUAAACUCAAUCAGACUUCCUAGAUUUAAGUUGACCUGAAGGUCUUUAUCUGUUGGCUGCUGUGAAACACGACAUCGUCUUUAUCUGGCUCUAUUAGUUUCCAUGCCGGCAAGAGUACACACCAGAAAGAACACGCACAAGGAAUGACGAGUGAAAACACAAAAUUAAAAAAGAAAUGGAGUUAUCACUUUAUCAAUGUAGCGGCCCGGUUAUAGGAAAGAUACCCAGGAAAAAUUAAUAGUUUUCCGGCCUCCACACAAUAAUGUUUUGAAAUUAUCGAGACAUUUUCAAAAGAAAGGGGAGAAUUCCUCGCCACUGCAGGAAUCGGUAACGUCACUCUUAUUACUCAUUCGUUCUAACAUUUGUCUUGUUUAAAUAUGUUUUACUCUAUGAAAACGUAAUACUUAAAAGAGUGUGUUUCGUUUCACGUUCUUCUCGUCUUUUUAUUCUCACAGAUGAAACUAGACCAGAAAUGCCUAAUGAUACUGGAACGAAACAGAAAAACGGUGUUGAGGCGAGCAUGGAAGAUCCUAUAUGCAUCACUCUAGAAUACUACAGGUUAGUAUGUCAAGCGCUAUCUCAGCUCGAGUAGUGCUAAUUGGAGGUAUUUUCGUAUCAGUUCGUCUUUUCACGUUCAUAUCUCAGACCUCAGUCUUAUUGACAACUGGAUGAGCAGUGUAAGUAGUUAAAUAAGCAAAAGGAUUUAUUAGACUGGCCAGUUAGCCUGCAAACAAGCCGCUCUCCUCGGGGGCACGGGGAUGGGAGGGAAGAGCGCCGUGAAGAGCUUGUUCGCCGGCUAAUGGCCAGUCUAAUAAAUGUACUUGCUUAAAGUGAGUCUGUUCUUAGUUCAAAGGAUAUGGUACAAGCACGCUUGGGUACUCAUGGCUUCAAAUCCGUUCCCGAUUCGUCAACAGGCAAUAUAUGCCCGAAUAUCUUUCACUGGUUUUUUGAGCUUAUUCCCUUGGGUGAACAUUGCUGGCGUGUAUCUGACGACACGGCGGCCAUGUUGGAUGACAAGACCAGGUACAAAAGCGUUUUCCGACCCUGGGAACUAAUAAAACUCUUUAUACAAGCACAUUUUACGAAAACGAUGGAUUUUGUUAACUAACAUGGUCGCCAUGUCACAUGGUUACUGACCAAGAAUAUCCUCGCCUACAUUUGUCACUUUAUAACCAUGCAUUGUUGUUUAUAGGAGGAAAAGGAACUGGAAUGAACGUCAGGUAAGUUUCGUUAGACACCACACAUCUAUCGAUUUUUUGUUGACUGACUUACAAAGCACAACACAUCAUAUCAUUUACUCUUGCUAUUCCUAACCUCUGCACUGAUCUUGAUGCGCAUUUGGCAGUUGUGAGAGAGUGUCUUUUGUUCAAAAGGCGGCUUUUGCUGUCAGUUGUAUCACUCGAAAGCAUCAGUUCCAACUAUCCUGAGCUCCAAUACAUCUUAAGAACUUAUUAAACGGUAAAUAAGCGAUGUUAGUGUAUUUCUCAUUAAGAUAUCCUGUUGUUCAUUCUAACGUAUCCAUAGAGCGCUUUCGCGUGAAGUCUGACGCGAAACGGCACGGUACCAAUUGUUGAACUCUUUCCUCAUUUGAACAAUUUUUCCAAUACAUUUCCAUGGCUUCUUUGAGUGAGAACGCUCUUUAUGAUUUGACAAAAUAAUAAUAAUGAUGAUAGCAGUAAUGAUGAUGAUGAUGAUGAUGAUGAAGAUAAUAACAAUAAUAAUUAUUAUUAUUAUAAAAAUAAUGAUGAUAUCAUUAAUAAUAAUGUAAAAGUAAAAGCACAGUUAGCGUGAAGUUAUGUAACUCCAUCAAGAUAGUUAUUAGAAAUAGCCGGCGGAGCUCUAAGCGCGCGAAGCGCGGGCGAGCGUAGCCCCAUUCCUAAGAAAAUGCUAAUCUACCCAUCUGAUAAAUUUUGGUUAUCACUUGACCGUCCGCCCGUCCGCCCGUCCGCCCGCUGUCCGUCCGCACCACAGCCAUACCAAUGUAAAAUAACUCAAUCAACAGGUAUGGCAACCCAAAUGCAACUCGAGGUUAAUUUGGCGGGAAAUCGCAUAGCCACCCGCGUAUUGUGAAGCCGAGGCAACUAAAGAGUCAAUAAAGACGAAAACAGAAAGAGGAAAUUGUUUCUGUAUCCGUGUUGUCUCGAGUAGUAAGCUUAUAUUAAUUGUUAUGUCCACAAAUUUGGAAAUAGAGAAAGAGAAAGGCGGGGAAAAAGAGAAAGUAGGCGACAGGCCAGCGAAGAUCAACGAGAAAAAAGAGCGACAGAGAGCAAGCAAGAGAGAUAAAAAACAAGGGAGACAUUUUUUGCUGAAAGAACAACGUGAAAAUUUUGUAGCGGUGGGGAGAAAAUGGAAAAUGCUUGCGGCCAGCGAGGUGAAUGAGCGGCAGUGAUAAAAAAAAAAGUGAACAAGAAUUCGUACGACAUUUCCUCCACAAACCUUUUACUAGAAAGUUUCUAGAAGUUUCACGUUGUAGUCGUGCAAAACAACGGCAAAGAAACUGUGCUGCACGUGCAGAGUUGAUCUUUUGCUGAGUAGACCUAUUGUUGUUUGUUCACCUUUCUCGUUGCCUUCGCCGCUUAGUAUUACACGAUUUUAUAUUUUGUUUGAACAAACUAUAAAUAUUAUCGAGAGCUUCGCUUUUAGCUCUGGCUAAAUCUAUAUAUUAUGGUAGACGAAGGACCUUUGGAUUGACCAACACUAAAAGUAAUUUUUGUUACCGGGUCAUAGGCUCCUAGCUGCUCCUGUUGUUGGUUAUUUAUUUAUUUAUUUAGUCGUAUAAUAUAUAUAGUGACCGGGUAUAUUGUGGUUCUUACACUGAAGCGUCAUUUAUGUUAUCUUUGUUGUUUAACUAGAUAUUCCCGACUCGUUAUCUCCGAUGUCCAUCCGCAGUUACUGUUAAUGUGUUGAAAAAAUUUCUGAAGAUGAAGUUCGCAAUUCCUAACACUCAUCAGGUAUAACCGACCGCCUUCUGACUAAAACGAAGCCUUAAACUAAAUUAUGCUGUAACAUACUAUCGACUGUUGACUGUUGACUGUUGGUGCACUGAGUGACAGACUGCUUUCUUUAUCUACUACUGUUUACUGAAUUCUAAAUGAUUGCUAAUAAUGAAUUUCCUCUGACCUUACUCGAACGACUGACCUUACUGACUGUCCAACUGACUAAAUGACUAAGUACUGAGUCACUUGCUGCCGACUUGCUGCUGACAAACUGGAUGAGUGAAGGACUGGCUUAAUGACUUACUGGCUGACGGUUGUGUUGCCAAGCUGACAGACUUACUCGACCAACUGGCUGGCAAACUGGCUACUGAGUAACUGCUCACUGACUGACUUUCUGAAUGAUUGGCUGGCUGCCUGAUUAACUGAAUCAGCCUGUCUGACUGAUUGAUUGUGACUGACUGACUGGCGUUCUGGCUGACUGUCGAACGGACUUAGUGACUGACUGACUGACUGACUGACUGACGGACUGACCAUAUGACCAUAUGACCAUAUGAAUGAGAGAUUACCAUAACAUCUGCGACUGACUUACUGACCAACUGGCUGGAGGACGAACUUACUAAGUGACUAUGAGUGAUUAAAAUGGCAUCUAUGUAACUGUCUAGCCUAAGAAUAGUCUGAUUAACUGAUCGUUGACCUAAUUUUUUUUGAUUAAUUGGUUGCCUCAUUUGAACAAUGCUUUAUUUUGCAGGCUGAACUCAUCCGUUCUGAUGAGCUUCUAAGCGACUCGCUCACGAUGAAAGAAAUAUCCCAGAUAUAUGGACUUUACACUAAAGUGAGUAUGGCGACAUGACGACCAAACACAUUCCAAAAUAUCUUACGUUUUUAUUACUUACUCUUUUAGUGUUAAAACUCGUAUCCCUCAUCUCAAAUAAGGUGAACCGGAGUUCGGAAAAUGUUUUCUUGAAUUUUCUUGUAGAAUCAGGAAUCCUGGGCUUUGGAAUCCGGAAUACAGCUUAAGGAUUCCUGAAUCCCGCUUGUGAUUGGAAUCCGGAAUUCAAGUUCCACUGAUAAGGAAUCCAGGGUCCACAGCGUAGAAUCGACAAAUCUAAGACUGUCUUGGAUUACUUUACUUUGGGCGAUAUGAUAAGAAGAGAUAUCCAGUAAUAAUACAACUUAGUACAACUUGACAACUGAAAUGUUUGUAGUACUGUGUCAAGCAAAGUUCGUGAAUUUUUUCUUUCAAAUGACUUUUUACACCACAUUCUUUCUUGAAAUUUUUAAAAGCUGAUAUUAAUCUGAAAAAAUAAUACUCUUAAUUUCGUUUUUUAAUACUAUCAUAAAUAACCUUUAUCUUUCAGUCCUUCCUCGAUCUGCAGUACUCUUUCUUGGAUGUUUGUGAAGAUGACGUAAAGAAAGGUAAAGAAAACAUAGAUGAAGUACCACGAAAGAAACUCAAAACUAGUGAUGCCCAAGAAAUAUUUAAAGAAGAAAAGAAGGCAUGCUUGAUGACCAAAACAGAAUCUUUCGAAAUAGAAGGCGAACAAAAUUUACCCAAUAAUUCGAGUGACACAUCAAACGAACAGCUUUAUCAAAGUGACCUUUCCACGGCACUUCCAGAGACUCCUCCAAGUUUUGAACAAGAUCCCAUUGAGCAAGAGACCGUGUGA